UCGGGCGCCAGCGGGAAGGAGGCGUGUGCCCGCGGCGCGGGCCCGCUGGUGCGCGCGGCCAUGAGCGCCUAGUCGGGCGCGUGCUCCGCCCUCCGUCCGCGGGGGAACGCAACCCCCGAGACCCGCGAGCGCCGGCAGAGUGAACAGAACACUGCAGUCAUAACAUCAGGCACCUAUGUGAGGAAAUUGGACUGUGAUAAUUCACCAUGGCUUAUGGCUUGCCAAGAAAGAACACAGUGAAAACCAUAUUGCGGGGCGGUUGUUUUAAAGUACAGGAACCUUGGGAUCUUGCACUGCUUACAAAGACCUGGUACAUGAACCUAGCCAACAUCAAAUUGCCUUUCUUGGAAGAAAUUACAUUUGGUAGUCCUUUUUACCUCCAAAAAAAUAAAACCACUAAGAGUGCUCUACUCCCUUCUGCAGAAUCCAUCAAACUUGAAAGGGAGUAUGAGAUGAAGCGCUUGAAAAACCUGAAAUGUCAGAAAAUCCUAGCUGAGGAAGUUCAGUUUUCUCUAAGGGAAAGGCAAGUUGGUUUGAGAAGACCCCUUCCACCUAAGUGACCAUCAUCUCAUAAUUGAAUCUGUACUCUGAGCUUUCCACAUCCAAAGGCAAUGAAGGUCUCCAGCCUUUCACAGUGUGAAGUUUGGUGCAGACAUGAGUACCCACUGGUGGAUGAACCAGCUCCUGUGGGUUGAUGUACAGCUCUGACAGAUCUUCUGUGUCCCUACCACAUACUUGUUCCUUUGUGUCACAAGCAACAACACUACCUUAUUAUGUGGAAAACUCUUAUUUGCAGAAGGGCUAGAGAAUGGGGAACUGAUUAGCUGGAAAAUAUUGGACUUGUGUGAACCAAUUUUCCUAGAAUUUGAAUCCAUUAAAGCACACUUGGAUAUCAAAGUUAUAUUUAAGCACAAUUUAGUGUUUGUUAGAUGAAUCAAAACAUACUUAGGGGGCCGUAAUACACCCCUGUGGGCCCACAGUUUGACUUCUUAACUAGGGAAUUAUAUCUGGUGGUUGCUGUUUGACAAUAUUUAGAAGCUGUUGUCUGAAUUAUCUUCAGAUACUUUCUUCUACCUAUGAUAUGGUGGCUCACAUGAAGGUCAUUUGUUUUUAGAAGUGUGUCAGUGACCCAUUUGAUUUAGUGAUCCUCAGGCCUGGAAAAAGCUGUCUGUAUGUAGUCUUGAGGAGGUGGAACUGCCACAUUCCUGGUGAGAUUUGCUUAACAAAAUUCAGAUGUGCUUCAUGUAAGAUGCUUAGCUGCCAACCAGAGCCACUCCCAAAGUUUCUUGGCUGAGUGUGUGGGAUUUUCACUAUGUUACCCAGUUGUACCACGUUUAUCUCCCCUUUUUUCCACAUCUGUUCUCUCCGCCUGUUCUUUCUUCCAUUUGACUAGUUUUUUUCCCCCUUCCACCAAUGUUAUUAUCAUAAAUAUGGCAGCUGAGUUGCUGACUGCUUAAAAUGUGGAAAAUACCACUUAUAAUUUCUCAACCAAAGACCAGUCUUAGGCAAAAAGUCAGUGUAUUUCUAUUUCUUUAGAAAUCAAAAUCAAUUCAUUGUUUUCUUUAAAAAAUUAAUCACAUCCAGCUGUAUCAACAUAUGUUUUGGACAGUAAUGGGAUUAAUUGCAUGUUUAUUUUUGUAGUUCACAUCCCAUGGAGUAGUUUGUGUACUUUCCCUUUUAGGGUCACUGUUACUAAUUCAUCUAGACUGGAGAUAACACCUCAAAUAGUUUCUUUGAAAACUAGAAAUAUUUUUCAAUCUAUAGCCCACAAUUCUACUGCACACUGUAUCUAACAUUGUUGCUAUUAGUAAGUUUUAAUUUCUUAAAAGUCAUAUUUAUGUAGAUAGGAGUAGAAAGUUAAGUAGUAGUAAGUAGUAGAAAGAAAACUGUAGGUUUUAGUUAAUAGAUCUGGGUUCUAGUCCCCUCCCUUUCUUUCCCUGAUUCAUCAGGUAUCCUUGAGAAACCUUUUUUUUUGUAGAAGUUUAUUUAUUUUGAUAGAGAGUGAGUGGGGGAGGGACAGAGAGAAAGGGAGAGAGAGAAUCCCAAGCAGACUCCAUGCCAAUGGCACAGAGCUGCAUGUGGGGCUUAAACCCAUGAACUAUGAGAUCAUGACCUGAGCCAAAGUUGGACACUUAACUGACUGAACCACCCAGGUACCCUGAGAAAACUUCUUAAUUUCAAUGGAACUAAGUCUGUUUCUCUUAAAAAAAAACCCAAACAAACUAUCAAUUAUGUAUACGUAUCCCUAUGUUUAUAGCAGCAUUAUUUACAAUAGCCAAGUUAUGGAAGUAGCCCAUGUCCAUUGAGUAAUGAAUGGCUAAAGAAGAUGUGGUGUAUAUAUAUAAUGGAAUAUUAUUCAGAGCCAUGAAAAAGAAUGAUGUCCUGCCAUUUGCAAUGACAUUGAUGGAGCUAGAGAGUAUAAUGCUAAGCGAA